UGUGCGCAUCCUCUCGUGAGUCGCUUCGACGGUUUCUGCCCAUUCGUGAGUUCGAGCGCGUCCGAAGCUGCUCCGCUCUCGCGGCCUCCACGGCUCGACGCUUUGCCUGGGCCGCGUCUCGGUCGCGUCUCGGUCGCGCCUCGGUCGCGCCUCGGUCGCGCCUCGGUCGCAAGUUCACCCGCCUCGAAGACCCCUCCGCGGGACUUCGCCUGGACGACGUCGUCCUUUGCCUCGCCGGCGCUGUCAAAGCUGUCAGGUGCAGCAGAUCGACCUCCGGUGAUGACUUCUCCCCCCAUGGCGUGGACGCGCUGGUGACGAAGGCGAGGCUGCACGCGGCAGCUCCCGGUCUCGCUAAUAGCACCUCGGAUCUCUAACCACGAUGAGUCUGCAUUGGGAUAAGCUCUCCCCGGCGGAGUUCCAGCAGCUCCAGGACCUGGCGGCAUACUCGACCAGGAAGCUGCAGGACGUCUUGGCCGAAUUCUGCGCCGCCACCACGCCGGGAGGGGUGCCCAAGUAUCAGCCGGACGGGGAUAUCGACUACGACGGCUUCCGGAAAUUCUUGGACACUUACCUCGAGGUGGGAACUCCGGACGAGCUCUCGAGGCACCUCUUCCUCUCCUUCGUGAGGAAGGGACCCCGCGGCGUCGACGGGAAGGCGUUCAAGGAGAUGGCCGUGCUGUCGUCGACGACGGCCUGCGCCGCCAUCACCUCGCACACGACUUCCAGCAGCAACGUCAACAGCACGGGGCUUCUCGGGGGUGGUACUUCCGAAAGUCACGGAGGAAGCUCCCUGGCCGACAAGAUCCACGGCCUGACGGAAAAGCUGCAAGCUCUGGGCCAUCACCGAACCGACAGCGAGGCUUCGGGGCGCGCCAGAACAGGGAGCGUGCAUCCCAUGCUGACGGUGACCCAUACGUCGUACAGUUGCCACGACGUCCUGGAGAAGAAGAGCACCGACAGCAGUCCCAGCCACAGCCAAAUGUCGCGGAACUCCUCCAGGAAGUCCAACAAUUCCCUGCUCAUCAACAACGGGAAAUUGGAAGAGAUGCGACACCUGGUCCGGAAGCAGAGCACGAUAGACGUCCAUUCCGUCAAAGUUAGCCUGAAGGACAUCGUCUGCUACUUGUCCCUCCUGGAGGCCGGAAGACCCGAGGACAAGUUGGAGUUCAUGUUCCGGCUGUACGACACGGAUGGCAACGGAGUCCUGGACACGAAUGAGAUGGACUGCAUCGUUAACCAGAUGAUGAACGUGGCGGAGUACCUCGGCUGGGACGUCACCGAACUGAAACCGAUCCUCCAGGACAUGAUGAUAGAGAUCGACUACGACGCCGAUGGCACGGUGUCCUUGGAAGAAUGGAAAAGAGGAGGCUUGACCACGAUCCCCUUGCUGGUGCUCCUUGGACUGGACUCGCACGUCAAGGAGGACGGAAAUCAUCUCUGGAGGUUGAAGCACUUCAGCAAGCCUGCCUACUGCAACCUCUGUCUCAACAUGCUCGUGGGCUUGGGAAAGAAGGGUCUCUGUUGUGUCUUUUGCAAGUAUACCGUCCACGAGAGGUGCGUUCAACGUGCCCCAGCUUCGUGCAUAGCGACAUACGUGAAGAGCAAAAAAACCUCGCAAACGAUGGCGCACCAUUGGGUGGAGGGGAAUUGUCACGGGAAAUGCUCCAAAUGCAGAAAGACAAUCAAGAGUUACAACGGUAUCACGGGGUUGCACUGUCGGUGGUGCCAGUUGACGCUGCACAACAGGUGCGUCUCCCAGGUAAGGGCGGAGUGCAGCCUCGGGGAACACGCGGUGCACAUCCUGCCUCCGACGGCGAUUUGUCCCGUCGUGCUGGACAGACAGAGGUCCCUGUCGAGAGACAGCAAGAGGGGCAGCAAACACGGCCCCGAUAGCUCGUCGAUUGGCUCCAUCGACCGCCUUGCCUGUCCCGAUCAGCCUGGUCAGGCGGACGCCUUAUCGCCGCGACAGAGUACUCAUUUCUCGGCAAGUUCUUCGUCGAACCAGCAGCCCGCCAUGUCCUUCCAAAUCACGCCCCCGUCGGGGACCACGCCGCUCCUGGUCUUCAUCAAUCCGAAAUCCGGUGGGAGGCAGGGAGAGAGGAUGCUCAGAAAAUUUCAGUACAUCCUGAAUCCGCGGCAGGUCCACAAUCUGGCGAUCGGCGGCCCCAUGCAGGGUCUUCAGAUGUUCAAAGACGUGGAGAACUUCAAGGUGAUCUGUUGCGGAGGCGACGGCACCGUGGGCUGGGUCCUAGAGACGAUGGAUCGGGUCCAGUUCGAGCAUCAACCUGCCGUUGGAGUGAUUCCUCUUGGAACGGGGAACGACCUGGCCAGGUGUCUUCGCUGGGGUGGAGGGUACGAGGGAGAGGCCGUUCAUAAAGUCCUCAAGAAAAUAGAGAAAGCCGCGCCGGUCAUGAUGGACCGAUGGCAGAUCGACGUGAUCGACCAUCAGGACGAGAAGAAGCCCAACCAGGACACCAUCCCUUACAAUAUCAUUAACAAUUAUUUCUCGGUCGGGGUCGACGCGGCCAUCUGCGUCAAGUUCCACAUGGAGAGGGAAAAGAACCCAGAAAAAUUCAACAGCAGGAUGAAAAACAAACUCUGGUACUUCGAGUAUGCGACAACCGAGCAGUUCGCGGCGAGCUGCAAGAACCUUCACGAAGAUCUCGAAAUUGUCUGCGAUGGCACUCCUCUGGAUCUGGCGCACGGUCCCUCGCUUCAAGGAGUCGCGUUGUUAAACAUUCCUUUCACCCACGGAGGAUCCAACCUGUGGGGAGAACAUCACACGAAGCACCGACUGGGCAAGUGGAAGAAGCGACCGGACAAGGAACUCAGCACCAGCAGCUUCAACUCUAUGGACCUGACGGACGCCAUUCAGGACAUAGGAGACAAUCUCAUCGAGGUGAUAGGCCUCGAGAACUGCCUUCACAUGGGCCAAGUGAAGACCGGCCUGCGAGAUUCGGGCAGACGACUGGCGCAGUGCAGCAGCGUCACCAUCACCACCACCAAGAGAUUUCCCAUGCAAAUCGACGGGGAGCCCUGGAUGCAGGGACCCUGUACCAUCCAUAUAACGCACAAGAAUCAAGUGCCGAUGCUGAUGGCACCUCCACCCGACAAGAGCAGGGGCUUCUUCCGAUUUCUGAGGAGGUGAAUCUUCCCAACGAGACGCCGGAAGGAACGGCCCUCCUCCCGUCUCUCCGUCUAGUCCUAGCCAUCGUCCCGUUGGUCUCUCUCGUAUUUCUUUAUUCGUUUAAGCUUCACCGGUGGAACUUAGAAGCGCAACGUGGGCCCCGUGUACGCGCGUCCAUCUCGCGCGCACUCGGCUCGUCUCCGUUUCGGCGAGUGCCCGCCUUGCGUUGCUUCGGUAUAUCUUCGUGUACAGUAUUUCGAGGAGAGGCCCCAACUUUGGAGAACCCCGGACUCGAGCGGACCGGCCGCACCUGCAAAGUCGUGGCCACUUCUUCAAAGGGUUAACUCAGCCGUAGCUUUAACGUCGACGUGAUAUUAUCGGUAGGUCCGCGAAAUCGAACGCAUCGCUCGGUCGGUGAGGCGGGGUGCUCCUUCGGCAGGGUUGCACGUUUCGCGGUAGCGCAGCUAUAACGCGAAGUGACCAAAGUCGCGAUCGCGUAUCACCGCCGAGGUCGAGAAGACCAAAGGCCAUUUUGUACGGACGCGCUUAGCCACGGAGGAAUGGCGAUCGAUUAACCGGCAAACCCGUUGACUCACCGAUCGACCGACCAGUUAUUUAUUUAUUUUAACUUAUUUAGAUUAGGUGACCCUCCAUCGAGAUCGGAGCAAUACACCGUAAGCAUAUCAACGGGAGAGGCGAUUCGCCGAUCGCCGGUUGCGCGCGUCUUCCGGGUCUCGAGAACUCGAAGAGAUCCUCGGAGGGCGUCGCCCUCUCCUCCCCCCUGAAACCCGGUAUCCGAAAUAUCGAAAUAUUCGUUACGGUCCGUCCGCUCGCGGGAGCGCAGUUCAUUCGGCGAAGUCGUCGGUAGGAAAGGAAAACGUUCUUCCGGAUCUCGAAUCGAAGCGUAUGGAGAAGCGCGCGGUAAAUAGGCAGGCCAUGCGGACGGAUCCUGGGUCGACCCGGACGCGCGAUCCCCUUGCCCUCCCACGGGGAGCAUCGCGCGUUCGCGAUCCAGGAUCCGAACGGCUCCUUUUCGUCGAUUGCCAACGAGGAGUUUAGCUUUUUAUAACGACUCUCUUGCGAAGUCUUCCCGUCGCAAAUUGCGGGAAGACCGGUCGAUUUUGCAAUUUCCCCCGAAUUCGGUAGGAAGGCGACACCGUCCCCCUCGCUUCUUCUCCGUUAGUCGGAUCGCUUAGACGUAAGAGUGACGUAGCUCAUAAAUUAGGCGAGUCAAGGAAUAUUACGCUUAACGGAAGAGAUUACCUGUCAUUUUAGGUCGAGCCGAGGGACUGUCCGAGACUCCCUGGAGGAAAUCGCGCACUUUUGCGAUCGCGCGUCGAACCCCGAGGAAAUUUGUAAGAAAUAAGCGGACUGGCGCAGUGUCUCGAUGUGCUUCUCGUUUCAGCGCUAUCGUAACGGAAAUAAUCAAGCGGAUUAGCCACUCCUACGUGGAAAGUGCGAAGACCAAGAGCAUUCGACGGAAUUUUCGACCCGGAUGAAAGACCAUUUAUAAUACGUAACGUCAGCCUCGGCGAGCUUCUCGGAACGCGUCGUCGAUUCGUUGCACCCGAAAAGAAUGCCUGCAUUUCGCCGGGUAGACUCCGCUCCGACGGACUCGAGGGAAAAUGAAAUUUCUCGCCCCUCGCGGAAUGGUCCCGGCCCUCGGCUCAGUCGUCGAGGAUUGUCUCGAGGGAUUCCGGGCGGAGCCUUUUAGCGGUGAAAUUGCCCGACUAGCGGAACUUACUGCCACCUUUUUGGGUCUACGUACGUUUGAGCACUACUGCCAUUUUCCAGGAGUUUAGGCAUAUACGACGCGGAUACACGAGACCUGUCCAUAGUGUAAAGGAUGAAACAAUAAAAUGUAAAUUUAU